CCAGGCUCUGAGCCGUCAGCCCAGAGCCCGACGCGGGGCUCGAACUCACGGACCGCGAGAUCGUGACCUGGCUGAAGUCGGACGCUUAACCGACUGCACCACCCAGGCGCCCCAUGGAAUGAAGAACCUUUAAAGAGAGCCAUCGGGGGAACGGAAAAUGCCUAGGGAACUUCUUUUUUUUAAUUCCUUGUCCUUGACUGAGUAAGGAGGGAGGGGCGGGGAUACCAUCUUCAGUAAAGGGCCCUCGCAGGUUGGACCCGGGGGACAGGAACGCUGGUUCUUUGGGCUGUGUGUCCUGUCCCCAGAGAGGUGGAGACAUGUGUCCUGGCAUGUCGCAGGGGCUGUACAGACCUGAGGAUGGAGGAGGCUCCUUACCAGGUGGGCAGCAGAGCCCCACUGUUGUAACUGGGCCCUCUGGUGAUGCCCUCACCGUGACCGCGAGGAGAUGCUCACCAGAACACAUCUGUUAAUUCGGGCAGGGUUGUGUGAGUACCUUCCACACGAGAAUGUGUCUCAGGCCCCUCUGUCUCACGUGGCAGGAAAACCCGAGCCGAACUGGUUUACGACCCCCCAAAAAAGGAGGGCAUUUCUUGGCUCGUGUAACUGAGGUUCUGGAGUUGGUUCGGCAAAGCUCGCCUGGUUCAGGGCUCAGUGAGGUGAUGAGAGCCCAGGUCGCGGCUUUGCGUGUCUCUUCCUUUGCCGUUACUGACUCCAUUUUUUGCAGGCUCUUUUCAAGCGUGCGGGUUUGCUUCCAGGGUUGUUUGGUAGCGUCCAUCCAGGUUCGAGUCUCAGUGGAGGAGUGAGCAUUCUUGUCCCCGCUUGGGAGGGAACCUCCUGAGAUUUUCCCUGUGACCAGACCAGUCUGGUCACGUGUCCGGACCGUGUGCCGGGAGCGGUGGGCUUCUGGGAAGGUCCGGAGCAAGUGAGCUGAUGCCGGGUGGCAGAACAGCGCCACGUCUGCUCUAGGGGGACAGCUGGAUGCCGGGGCUUGUGUUCCGAAUAUCGGGGUUUGGUUGAUUCAUACAAUAGCCUCGAGACUAUGUAAUUUUCCUUGAUUUUAUUUAACCUAUAUGUAGGUAGGCAAUUCUGUAAGGUUUUGCUGCAUUGUAUUACGGUUUCGACGGUCUCCUGCCAUGAUCGGGUCUGUCUUUUGAAUUAAAGAAUACCUGUUGUUUUGGUUUUACUGCGUAUAGGUAGAAUCCUGUUUUAGUGACGACAGCUGUACUCUCUGUUUUGAAUGAGAGAAGCUAUUCAUAUUCUGGAUAAAAGUCAUAUAGUACCAUUUCACCUAUGGGACUAAACAGAUCUGUGAGAAAUUCAUAAAUUGUAUGUAUUCGCAAAUCCUCAUCCAUUUAGUGCCAUGUCAUUUUAUUUUUUAAAGUUUCAAGUUUAUUUAUUUUGGGAGAGAAAGAGGGCCCUCAAGCAGGGGAAGGGCAGAGAGAGGGAGAGAGAGAGAGAGAGAGAGAGAGAGAGAGAGAGAAUGUCAAGCAGGCUCCGUGCUGUGAGUGCAUCGUCUGACUCGCUCAAAACCACGAACUGAGAGGUCGUGACCUGAGCCCAAGUCAAGUUGGACGCUCAACGGUCAUAGCCCCCCAGGCACCCUGCCGUGUCAUUUUCAUAUAGGUUUCUUUCUGCUGAUGUAUGAAUAUUUGGAACCGUAGCUUAAUAUUUGCUGGGCUGUGGUGUGGUGGAAAACAGUUGGAAAACCUGAUCCGAGGCUGCCACUCGCUGGGAAGGGUGAGGGCCGCCUGACAUCUGGAGGCUGGCUCACUACUCCGUUUUUCUGCGUGUGUUUGGUGCUGGCGGCCAGCUGUGAGGUACUGAUGUUACCCUUAGUUUGGUAAAGAUCUGUAAGGCCACGUCAACUUCCUUAGUAAAAAGAAUUCCAGAAGCUCCGGGUCGUAUGCUCCGGACCUGUUGAUGGGUGGGACAUCUGGACCAUAGGGUCCUAAUUGUCUCUGAGACUCAUCUCCUUGGGGGUUUCUCCGGAGUGGGGCACAGUUCCCGUGCCCCUGCGUGGAAAGUCCUGCCCUUUUCCUACCUGGGCACAGCUGGACUCUGAGCAGUUCACGGUCAGCAUGUGUUAAUAGACCUGUUGUUUGCGUUUGUUUUAAAAUAGUACUUGCCAGGCACACAGCCAGGCUCUGCGAUUUUACAAAUGAAUAAAAAUGGUUCUUGCUACUGAAGAACUUACAGUGGGGAUGUGUUGGAUUGAAAAACAUGAAAAUAGGAUUUUAAUAUGUUGUAAAUGCUGUGAUAGUGGGAGAGGGUUUAUUUUAUAUAAAACGUUCUUAUAAAUGGUGCCUUAAAUUGUAUUACUUUUUAGUGGACCAGCCUGUUUAUCCCUGUGCUUUCAAACAGUCCAAACAUUUUUAGAUUUAUUUCUUAGAUUGUUAUUCAGAGGUCGUGAUCCUUGUAUUUGGAUAAUCUCCUGUAAGUGAAUUACCAUAAUUUUACCUAUUCUCUAUUGGGCGUAUGUACCAGACCAUCCUGUAGCUUAAAGCCUUCACUGAUGUACUUCUUUAUUUGGAAGAGCUGUGUGAAAUUUAUAAACGUGGAAAUUUAUCCAUACAUGCUGUCUUACAGAGAGGUUGGUUCCAUAACCGAUUUUGAAAUGUUCUCUUGUUGAUCUUGCAACUUGUACAUUUAUACCUUUGGUCAGAGAGGCUGUUUUAUUGUGACAUACUUUAUCAGAGAUAAAGUUACUAAUGGAAGGGAUUCCAGACUAUUCAACAAGGAGGAUUCUCACCUGAAAACAGGAAAUGGUGAUUGAUGGAAUGAUGCCCCUUCACCAGCACAUAAAAUGUGUACCUUAAAAAAAUGAACUGUGGUAGUCCCUGUCUUCACAUCAGAAGUGCCAUGUUCUGCUGGAACUUUCCUCAGGUGCAGGGGUGCUACCUCCAAGGACCAAGAGUUUGUCAAGGCAGCAGAUGGGGUAGUUGUGAUGAGUUUAUGAGCUAAUGAAGCAAGAUAAUCCCUUUUUAUCUGAUGGCUUUCCCUUCUAGUUCCUAGGCCUUUGAAGUGCUGGAAGUCUGAAAAGGAUUUGCACGGAGUUACCUGAGCUCAUCUGUUAACUGGCAGAUAGGAAAGCAAACGAUUGCCACCAAGUUAUUUCUUAAAUAAAGCCCCAGUUUCUUCCUGCCUUUGGUGUCUUUCUGCUCUGCCUCAGCAUCUUCUGUCUUCCACACUGUGUGCUUUGCCUCAAAGAUGGGGUCGCCCUCCUGAGUUCAGUCUUCUCGGGGUUUAGGGCUGUUAUCUUUGCUCUAUGUCAGCAGCCCAAAGGUGAGGUCACACUAUUCUUUUCACGUUAUCUCUGUGGCCUCCUCCAGCUGACUUCUCUCAAGUUCUGAAGCCUGUUAUUCUCCUCAUUGCCUCAGUGCCUGUAAUAUGGGGUCCUCAGCUAGUUUGGUGACCAUUUUUGCUCAUGGGGCCUGCCCGCUGGCCUUCCCGCCUUCAGAGUCCCGUAUCUAGCUGUCCUCUGCUCAUACCUUAGGGUCCCUUCCGAUUUCUCUUGGCCUUUUGAAAUCCAGCCCAACUUUGAAGGUUGAGUUGUCACCUUUGUUGCCCCUUACCCCCCCCCCCCCCUCCUGCUUUUUCAUGUAAGUCUCAGUGUGUUUUCUUCUUUUCAGCCUUGUUGGGUGGGACCUAAGUUCCCUAAGGGCAAGUUCUGUGUCUUUGUGUAGUCACAGGCAAGUUCUGUGUCUUUGUGUAGUCACGGUCUGGCCUGUCUAGUCUAUCACGCGCUUGUCUUGCCCCUCUUUCAGCCUGAGAAAUCCACACAUCUGCUUUCUUUGUCAUCGGUGGGUGACUCUUCUGGCAGAAGGUUACCCGCUGACCUUUGGGCUCCCUGCCUUCCUGCAGAUCUUGUCUCCUUAGGCGCUUUCUCUUUGCCCGAGGGCUUUCUCCGACGGGGAAGUGAAGCCCUGCUCAGUUGUCAGUUGCUCAAUCCGGGGCAUCAUCCCCUCCUAUACUUCAGUCUUCCCCGAGUUUUCAGUAGUUCUUGUUCCUUUUCUCUCCUCACCAGUGUGGUCUCAGAAGCCGCCCUCACCUCUGGUGCCCAGACCGUGUUGCAGCCCCCCAACCUCCUCUCUGCUGGUCUGCUGCUCUUUGCAAAAUGUCAGUCUCCCUCUCCCCUUUUAUUUAUUCUGGCUUUCCUUUGCUCUUAGAUAAACUAAAGCAAACGCCCUUCGUGUGACGGCUUUGCACCUUGCACCAUCUGACAGAGAACUGUCCUAAUCUUUUGAAGAUACAAAGCCCACAACUACAGAUAAGGUGGAAGAAUUUACUCGGCAUUUGCUGCAUUUUUUGUUUGCUGGCCGGGACAUCCCUCGUGUGAGUAGAGGUGGCACAGGGGGCAAAAGUACAGACUUUUCUCCCUGUGCUGAAGGUGAGAAGCCUGGUUAAUUAAAAGUGUGCGGGGAGAAUGCUUGAGUUUGCACCAGACGAUGUACUGUGUACUUCCUACUGUGAGUGCUGUGUGUAUAUUUUGCUGUUUCAGAUUUCCCUUUUUCAGUUACAUUCUUCAUUUAUGCCUGUAGCUGCUAAUUUAAUGAUCAAAAACUUAAAAGUAUGUGUCUGUUUUUUUGCUCCAGAAGUCUCAUAGACUAAAACCCAGCUUGUUCGAGUAUUUCUGUAAUAGAGUUAUUUCCGUAAUGGGGUCGAUCACGUUUCUGUAAGACGGUUGUCCUUUGGGAGUAGAGAACCUUUGUAACUCAAAACGUCUCUUAAAAGUUGUAUUAAGUAAACGUUUAAACUUUGAAUGAAAUGUUUUACAUUUAACCCUACAGAACGAAUGCGCACCCCCCCCCCUUCUUGGAAGUAUCAACAGUGUCAUGUAUUAUUUACUUUGUUUGUUAGUUUGCUGGGGAUUGAAACGCAAGUGAUCAUGUUCAGGCUGGUUAGAUUAGUGAUUUUAAUAUGAAACCAUUGCUUUUAGAAUAAUCAUGGGCCAGACUGGGAAGAAAUCUGAGAAGGGACCGGUUUGUUGGCGCAAGCGUGUAAAAUCAGAGUACAUGCGGCUGCGGCAGCUCAAGAGGUUCAGGCGGGCUGACGAAGUUAAGAGUAUGUUUAGUUCCAAUCGUCAGAAAAUUUUGGAAAGAACGGAAAUCUUAAACCAAGAAUGGAAACAGCGAAGGAUACAGCCUGUCCACAUCCUGACUUCUGUGAGCUCAUUGCGCGGGACCAGGGAGCUCCCAGUGGUCCAGCCACACAGUCGCCUAUUGUACCAGCUGGUUGAUUGUUCAGUGACCAGUGACUUGGAUUUUCCCACGCAAAUCAUCCCAUUAAAGACCCUGAAUGCAGUCGCUUCAGUACCCAUAAUGUAUUCUUGGUCUCCCCUACAGCAGAAUUUUAUGGUGGAGGAUGAAACGGUUUUACAUAACAUUCCUUAUAUGGGGGAUGAAGUUUUAGACCAGGAUGGGACUUUCAUUGAAGAGCUAAUAAAAAACUAUGAUGGAAAAGUACACGGGGAUAGAGAAUGCGGGUUUAUAAAUGAUGAAAUUUUUGUGGAGUUGGUGAAUGCUCUUGGUCAGUACAAUGAUGAUGAUGAUGAUGAUGAUGGCGAUGACCCUGAUGAAAGAGAAGAAAAACAGAAAGAUCUGGAGGAGAACAGAGAUGACAAAGAAAGCCGCCCGCCUCGGAAAUUUCCUUCCGAUAAAAUUUUUGAAGCCAUUUCUUCAAUGUUUCCAGAUAAGGGCACAGCAGAAGAACUAAAGGAAAAGUAUAAAGAACUGACAGAGCAGCAGCUCCCGGGCGCACUUCCUCCUGAGUGCACCCCGAACAUCGACGGGCCGAACGCCAAGUCCGUGCAGAGGGAGCAGAGCCUGCACUCUUUCCACACGCUCUUCUGCAGGCGGUGCUUCAAGUACGACUGCUUCCUGCACCCUUUUCACGCAACACCCAACACUUAUAAGCGGAAGAACACAGAAACGGCUCUAGACAACAAGCCGUGUGGACCACAGUGUUACCAGCACUUGGAGGGAGCAAAGGAGUUUGCCGCUGCCCUCACCGCCGAGCGGAUAAAGACGCCGCCCAAGCGGCCCGGAGGCCGCAGGAGAGGACGGCUCCCCAACAACAGCAGGCCCAGCACCCCCACCAUUAACGUGCUGGAAUCGAAAGACACAGACAGCGACCGGGAAGCGGGGACGGAGACGGGCGGGGAGAACAACGAUAAAGAGGAGGAGGAGAAAAAAGACGAGACUUCCAGUUCCUCGGAAGCGAAUUCUCGAUGUCAAACGCCAAUAAAGAUGAAGCCAAAUAUCGAGCCUCCCGAAAACGUGGAGUGGAGUGGUGCCGAGGCCUCGAUGUUCAGGGUCCUCAUUGGCACGUAUUAUGACAAUUUCUGUGCCAUUGCCAGGCUCAUCGGGACCAAAACUUGUAGGCAGGUGUAUGAGUUCCGUGUCAAAGAAUCCAGCAUCAUAGCUCCGGUGCCGGCCGAGGAUGUGGACACCCCUCCAAGGAAGAAGAAGAGGAAACACCGGUUGUGGGCUGCACACUGCAGAAAGAUACAGCUGAAAAAGGAUGGCUCCUCUAACCACGUUUACAACUACCAGCCCUGUGACCAUCCGCGUCAGCCUUGUGACAGUUCGUGCCCUUGUGUGAUAGCACAAAAUUUUUGUGAAAAGUUUUGUCAGUGUAGUUCAGAGUGUCAGAACCGCUUUCCUGGCUGCCGCUGCAAAGCCCAGUGCAACACCAAGCAGUGCCCGUGCUACCUGGCCGUGCGCGAGUGCGACCCCGACCUCUGCCUCACCUGUGGUGCGGCCGACCACUGGGACAGCAAAAACGUGUCCUGCAAGAACUGUAGCAUCCAGCGGGGCUCCAAGAAGCACCUGCUGCUGGCGCCGUCCGACGUGGCGGGCUGGGGGAUUUUCAUCAAAGAUCCCGUACAGAAAAAUGAAUUCAUCUCGGAGUACUGUGGAGAGAUUAUUUCUCAAGAUGAAGCAGACAGAAGAGGGAAAGUCUACGACAAAUACAUGUGCAGCUUUCUGUUCAACUUGAACAAUGAUUUUGUGGUGGAUGCAACCCGCAAGGGUAACAAGAUUCGUUUUGCAAAUCAUUCAGUAAAUCCAAACUGCUAUGCAAAAGUUAUGAUGGUUAACGGCGAUCACAGGAUAGGGAUUUUUGCUAAGAGAGCCAUCCAGACUGGUGAAGAGCUGUUUUUUGAUUACAGAUACAGCCAGGCCGACGCCCUCAAGUACGUGGGCAUCGAGAGAGAAAUGGAAAUCCCUUGACAUCGGCUACCUCCUCCCCCCCCUCCUCCUUUCUGGAACAGCUGCCUUAGCUUCAGGAACCUCGAGUACUGUGGGCAAUUUAGAAGAAUAAAAUGCAGUUUGAAAUUCUGAAUUUGCAAAGUACUGUAAGAAUAAUUUAUAGUAAUGAGUUUAAAAAUCAACUUUUUAUUGCCUUCUCACCAGCUGCAAAGUGUUUUGUACCAGUGAAUUUUUGCAAUAAUGCAGUAUGGUACAUUUUUCAACUUUGAAUAAAAGAAUACUUGAACUUC